UGAGACAAGUCAAGUAGUCAAAACUAGAUCCAGUCACUCCAGUCUAAAAACUGCUACCACCAAAUCGAAAAUGAAGACAGCAAUAAUUUUAAUAACACUUAUAUUUCGCUUUUGUCACGGUGAGUCGGAAUUCGAAAAAAAAAUCGAAUUUUUGAAGAACAUCGAUGUUCCCGAUAUUGAAGACUUUGAUAUAAUUCGAGAAAAAUGUGAGAAAGAAGGAGGCAACGGAACCUACGACAAACUAAAGGUAUCUUUUGACACCAUUGGAACCUGUAUCAACGAUUUUGUUGACAUAAAAAUUAUAAAAACUGAAAUAGAAAAUUCGAAAAAGACCGGAGCUUUGGAUGAAGUUUUCGGAAAAUACUGUGCCAAACGCUUCAAACUUGCAACAUGUCUUGAAGACUUCGUUAACAAUCUUCGCUCCUGUUUGAACGAUGAAGAAAAAAAUGCCCUUAAUAUAACUACAAAUAUUUUAGCCCAAUUAAGUGAAUUCGUUUGCUACAAAGAUGGCGACAGGAUUGCUAUUUUUUUUGCUGAGGGCGGAACCGAGUGUUUCAAAGCUCGGGCUCAAGGCAUCCAAAAUUGUGUCAACGCCACACUUAAAAUUAUCCCUUCUGGCUUUAAUUCAAAUCCGUUGCAGAGUCUACUAAUUGAUAAGAAAAAAUGCGACAAUUUAAGCAAACUCCAAGACUGCAUGGUUGAAGAAUUGGAAAAGUGUUCAGAUACCACUCCUGCGAACAUUAUUGACGCACUUUUUAGGUUUAUUAAACGUUCAACUUGUUCCAAGAAAAACAGGAGGAGCAUAAGUUUUCACCGCAUUUUGAGAAGAAGUACACUGGGUUUCAAAGACAUCACCAAUAUUACAGAAGUGACUGAUCAUUUUAUAAACUUAUACAAAAAGAAAUGUAUUCAAAAUGUUCCCAACUUCGGCUUGAAUUCCCCCAUUUAUAAAUCUUUCAUACAUAUGGGAAUUUGUCUCAAUAUCUUAAAUGAAGACGGUAAUUUCACGACAGGUUUGACUUUAGAGAAACAUCAACUAGAUUUUAAAGAAUGCACUGACGAUUUUGUCGAAAAAGCAGAAAUGUGUUUUGGCAAAGAGGAAAAAUAUUACCCCAAAUUCAUGCAGCAAUUAUAUUUUAGCUUAUCGGAGUGGGCCUACAAACAUAAAGAUGCGAUAACAAACAAAACAACGAUGAAUAAGUUUAGUGAUUGUUUUAAAAUUUUGAAAAGACCAGAAAACCGAACACCACUAACAUAUUGUUUUUCCAAAUGGCCUGAACCUCAAAUAUGGAAAAAAGAAGUCAUAUGCGAGAUUCGGAUGAAUUUCGCCGCGUGUGCCAUUGAUAUAGUCAAGAGAAAGUGCACUCGCGAUUAUAUUUUCGAUGAGUUAACCGACGAUUUCAUCACUGCUUGGAAAGCUGUUUGUAAACCAAAUCAGAACUAGAAUGUCAUUACAUUUGAAUUUAUUGCUGAAUUUAAUAUUUAAACUAUGUAUCGAACGAUAAAUAAAUUAACCUUUAAUCAUU